GAAGUUUAGCGAAUAACCAAAUAGGAGCAGCAAUUUAUUGUAAUUAGCAUAUUGAACUUUGUUUUCCAAAGUACCCACUCUGUGAAAACACAUGAUUAAAGCCGCUAGUGCCAAUAUCAAAAGUCAUCCACCACAAAGAAAAGAAAAUCAUUAUUGCUGAAGGAGAUGUUUUGUUUGUCUUUCUUUUUAAUUUGUCGGGGGCAGCUCGAGCGCUAGACAUUUCAGGCACACAGCAUGCACGAACUACACUGUAAUUCAUUGUUAUUCGUUCACGCUAGAUAACCUCUCAAUGUGUUACUGACAUUAACAGUUCCUGUUAUUCAAAUCACUGUUUUGGCGGAGGCCUUAUAGAUUGAUGAGAUUGGUGUGGACUGACGAUCGAACGCAAGUUUAUGUGUAUGAAAUCUAGAAUAUUCUACUGUUGUGCUUCGAUCAAAAGGGACCGCAGGGCGAUUAUUCUGUGGUUGUGAAGUUACUGGGCUGUUUGCAGAUCUCGCUAUCAGCUGUAAGAUGCAUUUCCAUCAGAAGGUGCCAUGAGGCUGAGAUAUCGCAUCUGUGCAUCAGCAAUGGGAAAACUGAACUUGCUUGUGAAGACGAAAUUGCUCUUCUGGUGUACAAUCUACUCAGCAUUUUUGAUUAAGACAGAAGCAAAUAUUGCAGUUUGUUCUCCAUCCAACACCAACAUCGCAAUUGACGCUCAAUCUCCAGGUGUGAUUUCAAAACCUACAUUCCCUGAUGGCUCCAGCAGAACUUCCUGCAUCUGGCAAAUCCAAGCUCCAGAGAAUUUCCGAUUGGCAAUCACCAUCGAAGCCCUGAGUCUGAACGGUCAGGACGAUUAUUUGGCCAUUCGUGAUGGUGCUACUACAGUCAGCCCUUUGAUUGGCAAAUAUGGACCAUGUACAACCGGCUCUCUUACACUUCUGUCCAGUGGGAGAUCAGCUCUUCUUCAAUUAGAGUCUGCUGUUCACAGGACCACUGACGAACUAAAACUCUCAUACAGUCCAACUGAUCCUGGCGACAUCAACUGUGAAAAUAGCGAAAAUCCUCCAGGCAUUUGUAGCAUCAACACUGAGCUAACAGGACUCUCGGGUUUUGUAACGACUCCUGACUUUCCCAGCAAUUAUGACGAAAACGAAUAUUGCCUAUGGACAAUCCUUGCCCCUCCUGGAUACCGUCUGCAGUUUUCAAUCCACUUUCUUGGCAUUGAAGAUGAUCGAUAUUCUGGCCGAACCUGUGGCGAUGACAGCAUCUCUGUUAGCGAGUAUCGUGGCAACGCCACCGAAGACAUUAUCAAGUUCUGUGGCUGUAAAAACUUAUUUUCAUUUGUUUCCUCUGAAGAGAAAAUGUUUUUGACAUUUAGGAGUUACAAGAGGAACAACUGGCCAGGCUUUUAUGCCAGCUAUAAAGCUUUGGCCCCUGAGGAUUGUCCUCGCGGUGAACUCGACUGCCCGCGAAAGAAUGUUGAGCCGAUUGCUUUCAAUGCACAAAGUCAGGUCUGCACAAUAAUACCAAAAAAUACAAGCUCUCGAGUGGAUGUACAAAGGACAUCAUCAGCCAUAACAAGUUCUUCAUCAAUGUUAUCUACGCCAUCUUCAUCAAGAGCAACUUCAAAAUAUGGAACACCACUCAAAGAAACACAGGAUACUAUAUCCUCGUCCCCUCUUUCACCCACCUUUAUUUCAGCUACAAGCCACGAUUUGAUUUAUACUCCUAUUCAAGCUACCAUAUCUCCCAAUAGGUCAGUGAGCUCAUUUGGAAAGACAGUUGAUGGUGAUGAUGUACAGCCCAUAGGUCAAUUAAAAAAUUCAAGGCAUUUUUCAUUGUCUAUCAGUCACGUUAAGGCGAGUCCUAUUAUAACGUCGUCCCAUAACAAGGCCUUGAUGACAAAACAAACAGAGGUUGGUGCGUCGUCGGGCUCAUAUCAAAGCGAGUACAAAAUUCGUGAGACCCAGAGUAACUAUAUCACAUCGACUAAAACAAGUGACUCGACAGCAUUUCGCUCAUCAGAAACUACUAUAGGACAGCCAAGUACACGAGAUCCACCAGUUACAAUUACGCAGAGCCUUCUAAGAGGCUUGGCAGUAAAAUGUUCUCAGUUCGGCAUGAAGGUGACUAUAUCAAGAAUCCUGCUUCCAUAUCUUGACAUAAAGUCAGUCCGCUUGAAUGAUCCCUCAUGCAAGGUCUUUUUCGUCAAUGACACGCUUGCCAUAUUGAGUGCUCCGCUGGAGGAAUGUGGAACUCAGCAUAAUGAAACAUCAGAUUACUUAAUCUAUCAGAACACUAUGACAGGAGAUGAAAAGUCUUCCAAUUCAAACUCUUCAAUUACCAGGGAUGGGACAGUUAAGUUUGAGUUCCAAUGUUCGUUUAGAAAGCUACAAGUCCUUUCCAUUGUCUCAUAUUCCACAAGUAGCAAGGUUAUCUACCUUAAAGAUGGUGAUGGUGUUGGUAACUUCACCUUUGCAAUGAAUAUGUUCGAAGAUCCAAAGUACAAUCUGGAGGUCAAACAAUACCCUGCAGUCGUGUAUCCUGGCCAACCAAUGUACUUUCAGGUCAAAGUCAGAGCACUUGAUCGGAACCUUCUAACUUUCCUGGAAGAAUGCUGGGUCACACCAUCGACAGAUCCUGGAGACAAGACUAGGCAUACGAUAAUCCAACAUGGGUGUUCCCGUGACUCAACUUUGCAGUAUGAUUACAAAAAAUCUCCAAUACAAAAUUUCACCUUUAAAGCCUUUCAAUUCCGCGGUGUCGUCUCGGAAAGACUUUACGUGCAUUGUCAAGUAGUAACUUGUAGAGAGUCGGAUACGGAUUCGGUCUGUGAGAGAGGAUGUAGAAAAAACGGAAGACGCAGGCGAGAAAACAAAGCCUUUAUCAUGGACGAAGAGGUGUUUUUAUCACUGGGGCCUGUUAGUCGACAGGAGCAAAAUAAAACGUCAGAGCAUCACGACCUCGUUGUUUAUAUUAAAGCCCUGGCAUGGAUUCUAGGAACUUUAGCUUUAAUUCUUGCUACUGCAAUGAUAGUUUUGAUCAUAAGAAGAAGAAAGCUUCACAAAGACAAAAACAACAGUUGGAACCUGAUUGCUCUUCGAAAGAACGAUGUUCAAGACGAAGAGGAAAAGCGUGGACUUAGAACAUCCCGACAGGAUACAGGAACUUGAAUUUGAAAAUACUUAGGAUAGUUAUCAAUUUGAUACGGUUUUAUGGUAAUAUUUUACACUAUGAAAUAAAACAAGGGGUAAAAGUAAACGCAAUAGAAAUGGAGAGGAGAAGGCGUGCGAUUAUAGCGUAGAAGUCGAUCUAUCAGAGAGAAAGAGAAAGAGCGAGAGCGCCUCCUGUUUAGCUCAAUUGGAUAGAGCGCCGGAUUGUUGUGGGGGAGGUCGAGGGUUCGGGACCAGGGGGCCGGACCAAUACUCAUGGACUUAAAAUAACUGAGGAGAAUUUAAUACCUUUCUCUAAUACAGUAUCAAGAAAUGGAUAGAUAAUCUAGUCUUCUCGGAUAAGGACGAAUAAACCGUAGGCCCCGUCUCCUGCAUGG